AUGCCGCCGGAUGAAGUGCCGCCCGACGGCGCCACCGGGAUGGGCCCGGUGCCGGACGAAACGCCGCCCGACGGCGUCACCCGGGCGGUCGAACCACCCGCACUGACUCCGAUCGGGGAUUUGGAUCCAUACAAACAUGCAUGCGACCAAGAUGAGACUGCUGGAUCGUCGGAGGAGGAAUUCAGUGGAAGAGAAAUAGACGCCCAGGAGUCUCACUUUAAAAGGGAAGAUAGAGAUCUCAAGGACAACCUUCUCUGCAAAUACGGUGGUUAUUUGAGUAGCUUGAAGCAGGAGUUCUCAAAGAGGAAGAAGAAAAUAAAGUUGCCAAAAGAUGCUCGGCUGAAGCUGCUUGAUUGGUGGGAAGCGCACUAUGGAUGGCCAUACCCAACAGAAGGUGAAAAGAUGGCAUUGGCUGAAUCAACGGGCCUGGACCAGAAGCAGAUAAGUAACUGGUUCAUAAAUCAGCGGAAGCGUCACUGGAAACCGUCUGAGAAUAUGCAGUUUGCUGUCAUGGAUGACUGAGGCCAUGCAAAUGUAAAGGAGGAAAACUGACGUUCUUGACUCGGAAGUCCGCUAAUUUCUUGCUGCAGAUGAUGGCAAGAUGGCAUCAUCCUCGAUGAUGUAAACGCUUCCCAAGACGAAUCACGUAUUUGAUGGUAACAUUAAUGUUGCUGGUUUUGUUUACGACGUCAUCGACCCUAAGGUGGCUUGUUGCCCUAUUUUUCAGUGCAUUUUCUUGAACCAGCCUAUGAUUUGGGGCAUUUUAAUUCAAACCUAAUGGUGUUAUGUAGUUUACGCAUUAGCUCUUCGAGGCUUGCAGGCUUGCUGCCAUGAAGAUGUGGUAUUUGCUCGCCAUGCUUGAUU